AACACCCGCCUCUGUUAUCCGUUCCACCAAACCAGCAUCAUACAUCCCGCUACAUUGAUACUCUUGCUCCCAUCCACAAAAAUGCGCUCCUCCACCUUCAUCGCCGCCGCCUCGGCUCUUGCCGGGCUCGUGUCUGCGCAAAACACCACCUUCAAUACUCCCAUCCAGUGCUGCUCUGUUCCCGCAAACUCGAUCGACCAGGACGACAGGCAGUCAUGGUGCCAGGCCAACCAAAACACCUGUGUUGAGCUUUGCGGUGGUCGCGGCUCGCUUGCUAGCAACGGCAACAAGUGCGAUUCUUCCACUCUCGAGUUCUCUUGCAAGUGCCGUAACGGUACCGAUGUCACCAGCGUCAUGGACCAGUACCAGCAGACUGUCCCCGGUCAGAUGUGCCUUGUCUGGUACAGCAACUGUAUUUCUGCCUCUGGCACUGAUGCGACUGCUCAAUUUGAGUGCGGACAGGCUCGCGACAGCCUGUGCGGCAACAAGACCAUCGAGCAGGCUACCGAAGCCGGUAACUCUGGCUCUGGCUCUGGUUCCGGAUCCUCGUCCGCCUCGUCGAGCCCUUCUGCUACCAGCAGCGGCUCGCCCGCCUCGACUGGAGAUGCCUCCGGCAGCGCUGCCUCCAGCACCCCUACCCCCGGCGCUGCUACCAACCUUGCCUUCUACGGCACCACUGCUCUCGCUGGUGGCCUCUUUGCCCUCUUCGGAAUGGCCUUGUAAAUCAACAACAGGACACUAAAAGGGUCGCGGGCCGGUCCCUGUUGGACGGUGACGAGAUGGCCUUUCGUCACUGCUAUCAGCACAACCAUGUGGGGACAUUCGCUGAAGAGGGCUCAUCUUCGUCAGCGUGUUAGCGUUGGCGUUUUAUGGCUUUGGCUGUUUAUCUUUGUGCAUUUUCUUGUUCAUCACUGCUGAUGGUGGUUGCGAUCGCUCUCGGAGGAUACUUAAUGCGAUGUUAUGAAGCAACACACGACUUGUAAUACCCAAUACUACCAAUACUGCUACUUUUACAUUGUGCCCCACGGCGCCCC